UCUUCUCUUACUUUUGCGCUCUGUUCCGCCCCAUUAGCUCGCCUCCUGCGCGCCCGCCAGUGCCGCACCACCAGUUGCUCCUCGGUCGCCCCCUCCCGCGCGUGGUACGGCCCGGCGGGCGCGCAUCCAGGCACAGGUUAUAAAGGCCCUGCUGCAGCAGCCGAUUGCGGACUCAAGAUGCGCCCGAAAGAGUUGGGGCAGGGUUCAGCCGGCGACUGGCCGGGACCCGGCGAUCCGGCAGCAGUCAAUCCCGCUCCAGAGCCCUCCGCCGAGCCUGAACCCGUCCCUGUGCAGGUACCGGCGGCAGGACAGGGAGCAGGAUCCGGAUCCGCACCCGUCUCGGGACCCUCAGCGGGAGCUCGCCCGGCCUCCAAGGCUGGAUCGGAGGCAGGAGUCCAGCGCGCGUCCGCAUUCUCGGCAGUCCAGGGGAGUGCCCAGUCCGUGCCCGACAACUCGGACGCGCCGUGGACUCGCUUCAUAUUCCAAGGUCCAUUUGGCCCCCGGGCCGCUGGCUUGGGGACUGGAAAGGCAGAGGGCAUCUGGAAGACGCCUGCCUACAUCGGCCGGCGGCCUGGGGUGUCAGGCCCCGAGCGCGCCGCCUUUAUUCGGGAGCUGGAGGAAGCGCUGUGUCCUGACCUACACCCACCAGUCAAGAGGAUCAUCCAAGAAGAUGUCAAAGUGAUGUUAAGUUUGCUAGAGGAAAGAGAGCGGGACCUGAACACGGCAGCUCGCAUUGGCCAGUCCCUGGUGAAACAGAACAGUGUUCUGACGGAGGAGAAAAGCAAGCUGGAAGCCAUGCUGGGCUCGGCCAGGGAGGAGAUUUUACAUCUCAGACACCAGCUGAGCCUGCGGGAUGACCUCCUUCAGCUUUACUCAGACUCUGAUGAUGAGGAGGAGGAAGAGGAUGAAGAAGAGGAGGAAGAAGAAGAAGAGGAGGACGAGGAGGAGGAAGACGAAGAGCAGGGACAUGAUUAACCCUAUGAAGCCUCAGAUCUGACUCCUCUGACAGGGUCCGAGUCACACCACUGCCCACAGCUGGAGGCCCUGCAGGAACAGCUGCGGCUGCUGGAGGAGGAGAAUGAACAGCUGUGAGAGGAGGUCUCUCAACUCGAUGACCUUGAGGAGGAGGGGCAAAUGUUCAUCCUGGAUUGCGUGGAGCAGUUUUCGGAGGCCAGCCAGCAGAUGGCCGAGCUGUCGGAGGUGCUGGCACUCAGGAUGGAGAACUAUGAACAGCAGCAGAGGGAGGUCGCCCAGCUGCGGGCCCAGGUCGUGAAGCUGCAGCAGUGCUGCCAGUCGUAUGGGGCUGAGGCUGAGAAAUUGCAGCAGCAGCUGGCUUCGGAGAAAGAAAUCCAGAUGCAGCUCCAGGAUGAGGAGGCACUUCCUGAUUUCCAGGAGACCCUGGCUGAGGAGCUCAGAACGUCUAUAAGGAGGAUUAUCUCAGACCCUGUGUUUUUUAUGGAAAGGAAUUAUGAAGUGACUCCAGAGGAGACCUCAGAUCUGGGAUGUGAGCUGCACUACAGUGAGGAUGGAGGGCAGGAGCCGGGGCUCGAGGCAGAGGAGGGGCUGAGGUCGGCUGAGGAUUUCGUGCCUGCGGAGGAUCUGGGGGCCACAGAAGAGGCGCUACCAGCUGAGGAGCGGGUGACGGAAGAGGCAGAGCUGGUGUCUGAGGAGGCUGAGGCCUGGGAAGAGGUGGAGCCGGAGCUGGAUGAGGCAACGCGGAUGAAUGUGGUCACGUCAGCCCUGAAGGCCAGCGGCUUGGGCCCCUCUCACUUGGACAUGAAGUAUGUCCUCCAGCAACUGACCAACUGGCAGGACGCCCAUUACAGGCAGCAGCUGAGGCAGAGGAUGCUCCAGAAAGGUGAGUGCUCCCGUGGGGGCCUCCCUCCGGCCAGCCGGACAAGCUGCAGAUCGUCAAGCCCAUGAAAGGUGAGGGUAGGUGAGCCCCUCAAACGCUCACUUACCCCAGCCCGGCCCCACCCAGUGUGCUGAUUUGCAUACACUUUGCAUAUCAUUUACAUAGGCACCUCAGGUCCCCCUCAGUGGGAACUGUGGCCCCAAUGCUUAUUUACGUGGAGUUUGCAUAGGAUUCCAGAUCUUCACCCUUUUUGUUCCUGGGGCUGGGCUGGGGGGUCAGGGCACGGACUGUAGCCCCCCUCUGCGUCUCAGCUUCCUGUCUCUGCCCGCCCCCUUCCCCUGUCCCCCACCCCGACCUCCCCCAUCCCCAAGGCUCCCCAACCCUGCAGCAGGGGCAGCAGCAGGCCAAGACAAACGUGGGGGGCGGGAUCGUGGAGCAGCAGCUGGGGGUGCCAACCCAGGACUUUUGGAGGCCGGCGGAGGAAAGGGCCAAUCACCCUCCCAGGGCCUGGGAAGAAGAGGGGCCUUCUGGGGCCACCCAGGCCAUUGGGAUGAAAGCCUCUGCCAGCAAGGGCCACAGCUGGGCCAAUCCCCUGGGUGAGUCUGAAGGUGGGCUAGGGGCUCCUACAGGGUGGUGGGGGGUGGUUAAGGUCUCCUCUCCCCAGCUGGAAGCCCCAAAGGUUGGGGAGUACCACCUGCUGAGUACAGGCCUUGUGCUAGGCCGUGAGAGCCCUGCCUUGAGGAGUUCACGGAGAUAUCAAAGAUGAUUUAGUGAUGCGAUUUAUCUUCUUUAAUCCUCACACCCCUGUAGGUACGUAUUAUCCCCAUUUGGAGAGGAAACGGAGGUUCAGAGAGCAAAACAAUUUGUUCAAGGCCACUGAACCCCUCUUCUUCACUGCUAUGCCAUAACAACUUCCCUGACCCAACCCUCGCCUCUAACCCUGUCCUGGUGCCUUCUUGGCCUUCUGGGUGAGCUGUGAAGUUUAUAACCUGUUGGCAGCCUCACCAUUAUAUCUGAUCUGCCCUGACUCUGAUGGCCGUUUGGUCACUGCUGGGUGGCCUCAUCGGGGUCGCCAUGUAAGGUUGUGCAGGUUGUAAACUGGAUGGUGACCUCUAUGGCUCUGCAGUGGACAACCUGCAUAAUGGUGGCUGUCUCUUUCUGAUGUAGCUGCCCAGGC